CUGUGAAGAUGGGGGACCUCAAAAACCAUGUCUGGCCCUGGCUUGGUGGCACUUGGUGUCGGUGUGGGGGGCACUGGUGGGUGCGUGGGGCGCGUCACCACGGGAUGUCCCCUGUGCCGGGUGACGCUGUCACCCACCCAUGGCACAAACGCAGCGGCUCUCAGCACGCCUCGCCGGCGGGCGCUCAAACAUAACAAAAGCUGCCGGGGAAACGAGCCCAACCUGUUUGCCACGGGGCUGCGGCCCUGCAGGAAUGUGGGCGGUUGGUGACCACAGGCGGCUCCCGGGGGACGCGGAGCCCCAGCCGCACUCCCGCCCUCGGCACCCAGGAGCCCGCACCAUGCUCCCGCUGCUCCUCCUGCUCCUGCCCGCCGCACACGGCAUAGCCCGGCUGGGGCCCAGGCCAGCCCUGACCCAGGAGCAGCUGGAGGGGCUGACGACCGCCUCCACCUUCGUGCUGGAGCAGCCCCGCUGCGUCUUCGGAGAGUACGGCAACGCCGUCAUCUGGCUGGUGGUGGCCCUGGACAAGGAUGCAUCCGCUUUCAACAGCAGCAGCGCGGUCCCGGGGACUCCCGAGACCGCAUUCCAGAGCUUCCCUGAUCCCGUCCGUGCCUACAUGACCCUGAAUGCCACCCUGAGCAGCUACCCCUGCCCCAAACCCCCCGGGGACAUCACGGUGCUGCGCGUGGGCAGCGAGACGAGCUGUGCCCAGGACACGACGAGACCCACGUGCAAUGGCCCCCUGCCCGGCCCCGGGCCCUACCGGGUGAAGUUCCUCGCCCUGGAGGGCGCCGUGCCCGUGGCUGACACGGAGUGGUCGAUGCCAAUCAUGCUGAGGACAGCCAAAUCUCCCAGCAGCAUCCCCACGACGAGCGGCGGGCACAACGCCGGCAUGAUCGCCAUCGCCACCAUCAUCUCCAUCCUCUUCGCCAUCCUCCUGGCCGGGCUGGUGGCCAUGCUCGUCUUCUGGGGCUCGGACUCCUGCGGCGGCAGCAGCUCCUUCAGCAAGCCGGAGUCGGUGACGGUGCGGCGGUACAACACCCACCACGUCUACGACCAGCCCGCCGCCCGGCUCUGAGCCCCCGCCGCGCCCCCCGCGCCCCCCGUGCGGGGUGAAUGCCCCGCACCGCUCCGUCCCCGCGGGUGACACCAGCCCGCCGCCGCGGGGACACGGCCGGAGCCGCCCCCGGCGCAGAGGGACAUUAAAGGCUUUUCCUCUUGCUUUGUGCCCGGCCUGUGCCGCCUGUUUGUGACCCCUCGAUGUCCCCAGCAGCCCCCCGGAAAGCCCCACGGGCCCUGCACCCCACUGUGAGCCCCAGCGCGGGUGGAGGGAGCUGCUGGCAGAGCAGGGCGUGCCCGGGAUGCUCUGCAGUGGGAGACGCUGUCACACCCAGCUGGGGCAUCGAUCUGUGCCCACUUCGGACGGGGAAAAGCCCCCUGGGUGCAGGGCAGAGAGGGGAGCCUGACCCCCAGCCCUGCUGCUGCGGUGAGGGGCAGG